AUAAUGAAAAGAAAAAACCAAAAAGAAGACAGCGACACGGAAAACGAUGAUGAGAUUGAGCCAGCAAACGGAGACGGAAUUGAACAAGAAAUGAAUAGAGUAACAAACGGAAAUGAGGAUGAUGAAUCAGUUGGCAAUGAUGUGGCAGAGCCUAUGGAAACAGAAGACGUAGAAGAUUCUGGCGAAGUUGAAAUUGAAGAAACUGCGCAAAAUGGUGAACGAGAAAUAUUUAAAGUGCUCGGAAAACAAGAAAUGAAGAAUUUGGAGGCACUAAAAGUAACGAGUUCCUGGGUUCAAAACGCCACUACUUUCUCAGCGACAAUCGAUUCUUCAACAUCACAAAAACUUUCUCAAAUUGAGCUUCCUGAGCAUCUCACAGUCCCAUCUGCAAUUUCAACAUGGUUUCCAGUUCAGUAUGCCGUUCUUCCAUCUCUUUUCUUUGAAAUCCGAUCACCACCACCACUACGUCCACGUGACGUGGCGAUCGCAGCUCCAACUGGAAGUGGAAAGACAAUUUGCUAUGUGCUCCCAGUUCUGGCGGCUGUCGGGAGCAAACCAUCCAAAAUUCUACAAGCUGUUAUUUUAGUACCAGUUCAAACACUUGUUGCACAAAUUGUGGACGAGUUCAAACGAUGGAAUGACGAAAGUGGUGUUGCAAAAGUAGUAUCACUUAGUGGAGCAAACGAUUUUGAGAAAGAAGCUCGUCAAUUGGCAUCAGAUCCUCCUAAUGUUAUCGUGGCAACUCCAGCGAGACUUGUGCAACACCUCACUUCAAAAAUUCCACCUCCGAUUGACCUUUCAAAAUUAAGAUUCUUGAUUGUGGAUGAAGCGGAUCGAAUGGGAAAGCUUAUGAGAGAAGAAUGGUUGGAUUUAGUAGAAUUCUUAUGCGGUGGAAUGGAACGAGUGGCUUGUUUAAAAGAUAUUAUUAGACAAAGAAGAGCUCCUCAGAAAAUUGUUCUGUCUGCAACACUAUCGAAAGAUGUGGAAGAGCUUCAUCUAUGGAAUUUGUUCAAACCGAGAUUAUUUUCAGCAACAGCAGUUUCUGUAAAGGAUAUCACAUCUGGAAUCCCUCAAGUUGAUCAUGUAUCUGGUAGACUUGCCCUUCCUUCUUCAAUCUCUCAUCGCCUCGUUGUAACGGAUCCAAAGUUCCAUCCGCUAGCAGUUUAUCAACAAAUCACUAGAAAUAAAUUCAACAGGACUUUGAUCUUCGUCAAUGAAGUUUCAUCAUCAAAUCGGCUCGCGCACGUUCUUAAAGAAUUGUGCAAGGAUCAGUUUGAGGUAGACUAUUUCACGGCUCAGUUAUUCGGAAAACGACGUUACAAAAUGCUCGAAAAAUUCAAUAAAAAUGAAAACCGAGUUCUGAUCUGCUCGGACGUGUUGGCAAGAGGAACUGAUUUGAACAAGGUUGAUUGUGUCAUCAACUACAAUUUGCCUGCCGAUGACAAACUAUUCGUGCACAGAGCAGGAAGAACUGGAAGAGCUGGACAAGAUGGAUAUGUGAUUAGUGUUGGAGAUAAGGAAUCAAAGAGACUUUUCGUCAAAAUGCUAAAAGUUACAAAUUUAUGGGGAGAUACUGUAGAAGAGCAAAUGGAAGAGUACAUUUUUGAAAAAGAUAUGGAUAGAUACUCAAAAGCUUUGGAAAGUCUCAAAGCAACUGUCUCGUCACAAGCGAAAACCGGAGGAAGCAGACAAAUUGCUAAACGAUCCGGAUUUGAAGCAAAGAGAAAAAGUCGACCAAAUGCUCGCGGAGAGAAGCCUUGGCUCAAAAAGAAGACGACCGAGUGAUUCUAUUUUUGUUGAUUUCCUUUUUUUCUUGUUAUUUUUAUUGUUGAACUCAAUUUUUUCAUUGUUGGUUUUUUAAAGAAUUACAGUUGUUUAUUUUCAUGAAUAUUCAUUUU